UAGUCGAGCAGCCAGUUCACUUCCCCUUUCAUUCAGGUUACUACGCCUAAGUGACUGUCAGGAGCAGCAACAGGCAUGUUACUAUCUAAAGUUGGCUGCUGAGGUGAACUUUGGGGUUUAUAUUCGUGUCUUUCCUCUCUGUUAUGAUGGGUGAGUCGGACGCAGCCGGGGCCUCCACUCGCAGGAGAAGGGCUACUCUGGCGGCGGCGGGGAGAGGCGUGAGUCUGCAGCCGGUGACCGGGAGUUCUGCGGCGGCGUGUCAGAGCGCAGUGACCGCUGACAUAAAAGGAGACGACGGCCAGAGAAAACGGGACCACUCUUUGGAGACAGUCCGGUCUAAAUCAAAGAAGGAGAAAAAGAAACCCAGGGGUGACAUAAGUGAAAGACUCGGAUGUCACAAGACACAGGAGUCCCUGCUGAGUUCGGCCAGUGGUUACAAUAAUUACAGAGGAAUUCUCAACUGGUGUGUGGUGAUGCUGGUACUGAGCAAUGCUCGCCUCUUCUUAGAAAACCUGUUAAGGUACGGCAUUUUGGUGGAUCCUAUUCAAGUGGUUUCCUUGUUUGUGAAGGAUCCCUAUAGCUGGCCGGCAACAUGCUUGGUUAUUGUGUGCAAUGUGUUCAUUCUGGUGGCUCUUUAUACAGAACGGCAAUUGUCAAUGGGUUCAUUCAGUGAAUUCGUGGGUCUUCUGGUCCAUUGCAUCAACAUUGCAAUCAUGCUAACAUUCCCUGCUGCAGUGGUCCUUAUAGUCCCCUCUGUGACCCCAGUUGGCGGUGCGUUUGCACUUGGUACUUACACUAUCCUGUUCCUAAAGCUGUACUCCUAUAAGGACGUCAACAAGUGGUGUAGAGAACUAAGCACUGCCAAGGCCAAGAAACUGUCCAGGUCACUGUCAUGUCCCUCAGCACAGCACUUCAGUGACAACCGUAAGGUGUGUUAUCCUGGUAACCUCACCAUCAGAGACAUGUACUACUUUGCCUUAGCUCCAACUCUGUGCUAUGAGCUCAACUUUCCUCGCUCCCCUAAGAUUCGCAUGAGCUUCCUGCUGAGGAGGCUAUUCGAGAUGCUGUUCUUCAUCCAGAUGUUAGUUGGUCUUACUCAACAGUGGAUGAUUCCCAUCAUUCAAAGCUCCAUGAAACCACUUGAGGACAUGGAUCUGUCCAGGAUGACUGAGAGACUCUUGAGAUUAGCUGUUCCCAACCACUUGUUGUGGUUGAUGUUUUUCUACUGGUUCUUCCACUCAUCUCUGAACUUCUCAGCUGAGCUGCUGCGCUUUGGAGACAGGCAGUUCUACAAUGACUGGUGGAACUCUGAGACGGUGACAUAUUUCUGGCAGAACUGGAACAUCCCUGUUCACAAGUGGUGUCUACGUCACUUUUACAAGCCGCUGCUGAGGACGGGAUUUAGUAAAAUGGUCAGCCAAUCAGCAGUUUUCUUCUUGUCUGCCUUUUUCCAUGAGUACCUGGUUAGCGUUCCUCUGAGGAUGUUCAGACUGUGGGCCUUUAUGGGCAUGAUGGCUCAGCUUCCAUUAGCCUGGUUCGUAGGCCGUUUUCUGCGUGGUAACUACGGCAACGCAGCUGUGUGGAUGUCAAUCAUCAUUGGCCAGCCAUUCGCCGUCCUGAUGUACGUCCAUGAUUACUACGUCCUGCACAACAGACAGGAGGUUGACUGAUGCACAUACACACACACACUAUGAUUUUCUUAACUGGUCUCACUCUUCUUCUAUCAGCAAUUCAUACAUACAGACAAACAAACAGAAACAUAAAUAUCACUACCAUUAAG